AUGACUUCCUUUUUACCUGUCAAUAAUAACCCAACCCCCAAGGAUCUGGCCAUGGAGGACGUCAAGACACCCACCGUCCCAGACUCCCAAGACGCUCCGGCGAGCAGCUCAAAUGGCCCGUCACAUGAUUCGCUGCCACAGCCCCCUUCGUCCUCGCAAAGAGCGCCCUCGACGACCUCGACCGGCGAUGAGACCACUAUCGCCGAAGACGACGGCGACCGCGAUCAGUCGGAUACCGAGCAAGGCGGCGACGAUGCUGCCCCGCCAUCUAAGAAAAAGAAAGGCCAGCGAUUCUUCUGCACCGACUUUCCUCCCUGCCAGUUGAGCUUCACCCGCAGCGAACAUCUCGCCCGUCAUAUCCGCAAACACACUGGAGAGCGUCCGUUUCAAUGCCACUGUUCCCGCCGCUUUUCUCGCCUGGAUAACCUGCGCCAGCAUGCUCAAACCGUCCAUGUCAACGAGGAGAUUCCCGGUGAUUCCCUCGCCGCGACUGGAACACGAUUCCAGCGACAGAUCCGCACCGACAGAGUGCGUCCCCCAGGCCGUGCGCGUGCUGGCACCACGGGCAGCCAGGGCGGCCACACGAGAGGCCACAGCCGAAACCUGUCGACCUCGAGCAUUACCUCGACUGCGUCUACCCUCAGCCAACCUCCCGAGAUUCGACGACGACCCCCGCCAUUGAUCAUGGCAGGCGAUGGUCCUGGCCGGCCUCAUCCCCCUAUGGGUGUUUUGGGCGAGCGGCCGAGUACACCGCCCGGCCAGGUUCGGAAUGUGCCCGCGCAGUCGCCAGGAGGCUAUCCGACCUUUUCGGCCGGCGGUGGUAGCCCUCAUUACGCCUCGCCUAUCUCGGGCGGCGGCUUACAGCCAGGUUUCUGGGACGGUAAAGGGCAUGUCCGCCGGCUAUCUGUCCCUGCGGGAGGAAAUCCGUUUGCUUUCCAUGGAGCAACGUAUCCUCCCCCCUACGUCACAUCGGUACCCCAAUCGCACGCUUCUUUCACCCCCAGUACAUCCGGCUACGGUAGUCCGACCACUCCGAGCUAUGCUCCCUCGCGAGACGAGGGCAUGAGUGCAUCAGAGGCCGACCUGCGCCGGCGCACCUGGCAUCCUUCUACCUACUACCCUCGGCCAGCGACUAGCGGACUAGCGAGCUACGAGUCGUCCAACAACACUCUACGUCCCGCAUUCGGCGCCAACAACGCAGACACCCAGCCUCCUCGGCUUCCUGGAAUCGAGAGCUUUGACAAGGUUGUUCAAGGCCGCCCACUAACCCCUCCCCUUCGUAAGCCUAGUCCGAUGCAAGUCGAUACUCCGAGUCGAGCACCUCCGGCACCUGCGUUCACCCCUGGUUUUGCAGCCCGCCCGCCGAUAACGCGGCCACAGCCUCCGAUUGCUGGCCCUGGACAUCGCCGGGGCCAGAUCUCAUGGGAUCUACAUUACAAUCUGACGGGACUCAAUCUGGGUGGUGGUGCACCACAUAAGGAGGCAACCACUCCAUGGGGCCAACAGACCCUUGGGGAGAUUCAUAGCAUUGGUUCUCGACCGACGAGCAGUGACCGUCCUCCUUCACACCACAACGCACCGGCACUGCCGCACCAUGAACCAUCUACUCCGCAGAAUACCAAGCGGUAUGGCUUCCAGGCCCCUGGUGGGACUCCAGGCUCACAUAUCACACGCACAUCCCCAGAGGAUUCUAGUAGUAGUGAAGGUGUUGCCACUCCGUCGACCAUCUCGAUGGACUACCAUCCUGCCAUAGUGCAUAGCAAUGACCACGUUGAGCAAUCGAGCAUUCACGAUGCGCCCGUAAAUAACUGUACGCCUGUGCCUGCACGUGAGCGUCGCCCGAGCAUACUCGACCACCACUCUUCCGGCGCUGCCCCUGGAAUGGGCCGGCUGGAGGCACUUGUGGCUGUAGCGACGAGCGAGGGCAAAGCAGCCGCGCGGCUGUUUUAG